AUGUCUCUUAACAAACGGCCGACAGCGCGGUGGGAACGGCGACGGGGAGAGAAACGCGCCGGGGUCGCGGCUCAGUGCAGACUCUCUGCUUGGUCCCCGCAGAGACGACUGCUGCUAUUGCUCCCCGACUCCGCUCGGGUCUCCGUCCUUCCUGGGCUUCAGUUCAUGCCUUGCACCGCCGAGGGUCGAGACGGUGAGGAAAGGAGCCGCCGCCGCUGCACGCCCGCAACCAACUUGCUCGCUCGCCUCGCGCGCGGGAGUGAAGCCCCGAGCACCACAAGCUGCCCGGCGGAAAUGACGAGGGGCCUCCUGCCACCCAAAAUAUCUCUCCGCAGCCCUCGGGUGCGGGGCGCGCGCACCACGAGCCCCCCGCCUGCUCGCUGCCGCGCGGUCCCGCCCCCGGGGCCGACGGCAGGCGCGCGAGGCGUGUGCGCGUGCGCGCUCCAGCACGAGGCCCGAGCCCGAGGUCUGUCAGUCAGGCAGGUGCGGGCGGCUAGCAGCUUCGUGUUCCCGCCCCGCGAGCCGCCCCGGGACAGAGGCGCGCUAGGAGCGCGUGCGCAGCGGUGUCCGCGCGAGUCCCAGCCCUGGGUCAGUCAGUCAGGUGCUGGCGGCUCGGAGGGGAUUCUGAGCGGACGUGGCGGCUGCGGGACGGGCCGCCCACCAGUUGAACGCUGAAGGCUGAGGCGGCUGAGGAGGUACCUGUGGCCGCGCUGCCGAGGGGUGGGGGACACCGCCAAAGCGCGGGGGUUACAACGACAGCCCGGGCUUUCCUCGCUCUCGCCCUCCCCACUGCUGAGUGGGCUUCCGAGGUGAUUCCCGAGCCUCGCGCACGCCUGCGGAGACCUAGGCGGGGAAUGCUGCGGACGGUGACCGGCUCCGCCAGCCAGAAACGCAGCGAUGACGAGGCAGGAUGGCCAGUGCUGUCGGACCGCCCCUGGUGGUGCCCCGGGCCUGGGAAGUCAGGCGUGGAGCCUGGAACCUGCAACUGCUGGUCGUGGUGAUACGGAGACAGGAAAAUUGGCAUAUUAAGGAUGCUCAUACCAAGUGGAACAAAUGACUUAUUUUCACUGACCAGGAACUGUAUCCUGAAGGAGAGAGAGACACCUGCUCAUCUGUGGCACUGGGCAUGUGCUACUGGAAUGCACUUUUUCCAGCAGUGAUAAGCAAUGAAGGUUGAGACAACAAAGGCCCCUUGUGGGCUGAGGCCUCUUAUGACUUAGUCCCCUGAGAGUUUGCACGGCUGGACAAGGAGUGUGCUAUCUGUAACUAUGUGUGUCUUGGAUCCCCAGUCUAUUUGGCCACCAAGGACACCCUGGAGAUAGGAAAUUAUUAAGGAAUGGCACAUUUGACAUUAAAGAGCAUGAGGAUAUGGUUUCUGGAUCUGAACAAGCAGAGAUUGUAGGUACAUAGACACUAAAAAGAAUCUUUAUGUGCUUUGACUGGACAAUAAACAAAUAUGUAAAUGCCUCUUCUCUACCCAAUAUUCUAAAUAUUCAUUAUCAAAUCCAAUGGGCCCAUGAAUUUUGUCAUACAUUUUUAAAUUAAAUUGUUUAUAUAGACACAGACCCUAAAAAAUAUUUGCUUGUGUUUCCAUAUACCCUAGAAGAGACAUUGUGUUUGUCAAUCAACAUUUGGACCCCCAUCUCAUGGGACA